UAGACACUGAAAAAACAAGGCACAAUCACGAGCACAAUAAAAAACCAGACGUUUCCAAUCCCCAGCUACUGAAAUUCUUCCCUUUCAGUUACCAAAUCCAAAAAGCAACCAAAAAAGCCCAUGCCACUGGUCCCUAUAUUCCACACGACACACACUUAGCGUGAGCAAAUUUCUACUUACCAAUACUAAUAUUUGAAAUAAAGCCAUCACCCACUAUACUCCGUGUGCAGAAAUCAUACUACUACAACCCAUUGGCUGACCUUUUUCAGAAAAUGGUCUAUUGUAGUAAUUCUGUGAUGAAGAAGGGGUUUAUGUGUGAUUGGGCAAUUACCAAAAUAGUAUCUUUCGUUUGGUGUAGCAUGAUAAAGUUGAUAAACUUUGUGUCAUCUUUCUAGUAAAUACCCACUUUUCUUCUUCUCCUCCUCCUUCUAUUUCCCUUUCCCUUUCCUUUCCAUAUUCUUUUUAUGUUUGAGAGUUGAGGCGGAGAAGAAGAGGAAAUGGCGAGUCUUGGAGAUAUAGGGGUGUCGGCGCUGAUCAACAUAAUCAGUGCCUUUGCAUUCUUGCUGGCUUUUGCCCUGCUCAGAAUUCAGCCAAUCAACGACAGGGUUUACUUUCCCAAAUGGUACAUUGCCGGGAAGAGGACGAGCCCCAGGAGCUGGGGUGGUGUGGUGGGAAAAUUUGUCAAUCUCAAUAUUAUGACUUACUUCACCUUUCUCAACUGGAUGCCUCAGGCGCUCAAGAUGACUGAGUCUGAGCUUAUCACCCAUGCUGGCCUAGAUUCUGCUGUUUUCUUGAGGAUUUACACUCUUGGGUUGAAGAUAUUUGCACCAAUUGCAGUUGUGGCAAUUCUAAUACUGAUUCCAGUGAAUGUAUCUGAUGUAACUCUAUCUUUCUUGCGCCGCGACUUGGUUGUCAGUGAUAUCGACAAGCUUUCAAUCUCAAAUGUUCGCCCCAAGUCUAAUUUGUUUUUUGUCCACAUAUCGAUGGAGUACUUGUUUACGUUCUGGGUUUGUUUCAUGCUUUAUAAGGAAUACAAUAGAGUUGCUUCAAUGCGGCUUAAAUUUUUGGCUUCUCAAGGCAGGCGUCCUGAGCAGUUCACGGUUCUUGUUAGAAAUGUACCGCAUAUUUCAGGACGCUCGAUAUCAGAUAGCAUUCAAACCUUCUUCCAGAGAAACCAUCCAGAUCGUUACCUAACACACCAGGCCGUGUACAAUGCUAAUAAGUUUGCCAGACUCGUUAGACAGAGACAACGACUUCAGAACUGGCUUGACUAUAACCAGCUCAAGUUUGAGAGGCAUCCAGACAAGAGGCCUAAGACGAAGAGUGGUUGCCUUGGACUUUGGGGUAAAACAGUGGAUGCAAUUGAGUACUAUAAGGAUCAAAUUAAAUAUCUUGACAGAAAAUUGACGAUGGAGCGCCAAAAGAUUCUAAAAGAUCCGAAAUCCAUUACACCAGCUGCAUUUGUUUCGUUCAAUUCAAGAUGGGGAGCGGCUGUUUGUGCGCAGACACAACAGAGCAAGAACCCCACACUAUGGCUAACAAAUUGGGCGCCUGAACCUCGGGAUGUAUACUGGAAGAAUGUCACUAUACCAUUUGUUUCACUGAGCAUCCGGAAGCUAGUGAUAUCUGUGUCUGUGUUUGCAUUGGUCUUCUGCUACAUGAUACCUAUUGCUUUUGUUCAAUCACUGGCCAAUCUGGAGGGUUUGGAGAGAAUAGCACCUUUCCUCAGGCCAGUAAUUGAAAGGAAGUUUGUGAAGUCAUUCCUACAGGGUUUCCUUCCUGGUCUUACUCUUAAGCUCUUUUUGCAUUUUCUCCCUGCAAUCCUUAUGGUUAUGUCGAAGGUAGAGGGGCACGUGGCGAUAUCAGUAUUGGAACGAAGAACUGCUGCAAAAUAUUACUACUUCAUGCUUGUCAACGUGUUCCUUGGCAGCAUCGUGGCAGGAACUGCAUUCGAGCAGCUUCAUGCUUUCCUUCACGAAUCUGCUACGCAAAUCCCGAGAAACAUUGGUGUAUCAAUACCAAUGAAGGCAACUUUCUUCAUUACGUAUAUAAUGGUCGAUGGCUGGGCAGGGAUAGCUAGUGAAAUACUCCGGUUAAAGCCUUUGGUGAUUUUCCAGUUGAAGAACAUGUUCAUUGUGAAAACCGAGAGGGACAUGGAGAAUGCGAUGGACCCUGGAGGUGUCGACUUCCCCGAGACUUUACCAAGCCUUCAGCUGUAUUUCCUUCUAGGCAUUGUUUACAUGGUCAUCACACCAAUCCUUCUUCCUUUCGUACUCAUCUUCUUUGCCUUGGCAUACUUUGUAUAUCGACAUCAGGUGAUUAACGUGUAUCACCAGAAAUACGAGACUGCUGCUGCAUUCUGGCCUCAUGUUCACGGCCGCAUUAUAGCAAGCUUGCUCAUUUCACAGCUCCUCCUGUUGGGGCUAUUGAGCACGAAAGAGGCUGCAAAAUCGACCCCGUUGCUAGUGAUGCUACCCGUAUUGACUCUGUCGUUCCACAAAUACUGCAAGAAUCGGUUCGAGCCUGCAUUCCGCAAGUACCCUCUUGAGGAAGCCAUGUCCAAGGACAUGCAAGACGGCGCCACUGCAUCUGACGUAGACGUGAAAUCCUACCUGGAAGAUGCAUACCUGCACCCCAUCUUCCGGUCAUUUGAGGAAGUGGAGUUGGUGGAAGUGAAGGUCGACACAGACCCAACCCCGGCCAAGGAAGCCAGCCCUUCUCCGAGUGAACCCAGCUCAUCCUCCCCUCUCCAUGAUCACCACAGAGGAGACGAAGAAGAGGAAGCAUCCCACACCGUGCAACAGUAUGAAUUCGGACAGCCUCAUGCCGCCUACCAAUAUGAAGUGGAGCAGCACCACCAUGUGUAUCAGUAUGAGAGUGGCUCUCAAUAUCAGCAUGAAGUGGAAUCCGCCACCAAUGUGCAUAGAUAUGAUGAGAGUGAGCCUCACUAUCAGUACUACCACCAGUGAGGUCUGGCGCUAGUUUGGUUUUUAAUGUAGAGCUCUUAACAGAAAAUAACUUCCAUUUUUAGUUACAAGUUUUAGCCAGUUGAUGCAGAUAACUCUACCUUGUUGUAGUGGCAAAGAUUAUUUACAAAUACUUUUUUAUUUUUAAACAUUGACAGACAUAUUUUUAA